AUGAAUGCUAGGACCACCGCCGCGGGCGCUCCCGCGGCGUCUGGCGCCACAAUCAAUACUCUCGCCACCGCCGACCUGGGCGCCCGCCAAAUAGCGUCGUCGUCGACCUCUGUUACGGACAUGACGGACAUUGAGCCUUCGGUCGUCUGCAGUCCCGCGACGAGCACCGCGAGCAGUGGCGCCAGCAAGCCUCAAGUCUUGCGCCACCGUCACUCGAUGCAUCCAACACUUCGACAGCUCCGCUUCCACGAGACAGCGGCCCGCGACAACGGCGAUGCCCUGGGCGGCAAACACAUGGAGAGCCUGGGGGCCUGGGACUGGGACAACAACAAUGACACCACCCAACACAUCGCUUCGCGCAGCCCCAAUGUUCGGCACCGAUACCAACACAGUGUCCGACGUUGCGACCACGACACCAGGCCCGACCGAUGCCCUUCGUCCCCUCCAGGUGAGCAACAAUCGCUGCAAACCUGGAAUCGAAGCAAGAAAGGGCAAAGUGUUUCCAACAUCACGCACACCUCCUCGGAAGAGUCGUCGUACAUUGGGACCGACUACGCGGCGCCUUCGACGGCCAUGACCAGAGAACAGUUUGAGGCAUUGCCGGCUACGGUCCAACGGAAAUACUUUUCCACACUUGAACGGCUGCGGUUUGCCCAGGACCCUCACCCUCACCCUCGUAACGUCCCUCAUCCUCCGUUCGAGCCUCAUUCGGCGCAUCACCGCGCUGUCUCGGCGUCUCGAGAAGGAGACGCUCGACGGCCUCCACUGCGGUUCGGCUUCAGCACGGACGAGCUCGACGACGCCCCGCAUCGUCGCUCGCAGCUCAGUCGCCAGCCCGUCCGUGUCUACGACGACCCAACUGGCAGGCUCGCCAUACAACGGCAACAGAGCGCCGAGCCGUUGGCGCCCCUUCGUCGCCGUAAAAGCGUAAUCUUGGACGCCACCGACGAGGCAUACCUGCGCAUCGGAAAGCGGAAAUCACAAAACUUCAAGCUCGAAACCCUGUCGAACCAGUCAAGCGAACUGCAACCAGCCGACGACAUGUUCUCUACACGGUCCCAAGCGAGAGAGCCGGCGGACUUCAAGAAGACCAGAGAGUCUCUUUACGACAGCUUCCGCUGGCUCGAGGAAGACGACGACCUGGAUCUGCGGUUGUAUCUCGACGACUAUCACAUGAAUCUGAGGGAAGAGGUACCGGUGCCAACCAAGAACUGGCGACCGUCGUUUCGACGCCAUCUCUCAAUAUCCAAACGCCCGUUCGGAAGAGCCUCAGUUUCUCUCAGCCGACCAGCAACCAAGGACAGCAACAUGGGACCCUUGUUGAUGGGCUCGCCGAUUGGGUCUACCCCGGGGUCACCUGGGCACGCACGCAGAAGAUCCCGGGCCCUGUCGUUGAUGUCGUCCAACAAGCAGAGCGCUCGGUCCGACUCGCCCCCUGCCAUCGACCCUGCGGCGUCCCAUUACCAGGAUCCCGACGCGCGGAUGAAGCUCCGCGUCUACCUGGCGUCGCCGCACAAAUUCGAUGAGGCCAUUGAAUUCGGGUUCCCGUCCAUCGACGAAGUGCAGGACAAGGAGAACAGCGUGCGCGCGGGCGCACAUUCCCGCGCAGAGGCACACAGGCUGCGGACUUUUCUGGAGGACGACGCGUCCUCGAUCUAUAGUGAAGCAUCGAUCGCGGAGCCCGAGUCCCCAAAGACGCCGGAGACUCUGGACAAGCAACUGCGCGUCCGAUCGGCCCGCGUCAGCCAAGACCCUCCCGCCGAGCACAAGUUGGACUACGCACAGGCACCCGCCUCGUCGCGGGAAAUGACGCUACGAAUGACGUUGACGCGGUCUGACCUUCGGGCCGGCGACGAGCAGAUAUACGGCUGGCAGAAGCGUCACGCCACACGGCGGUCACAGACGCGGAAUGAGCCUCACUCACCCCCACCGUUCUCGAGCGACGGAAACUCCAAGGAAAGCAUCGAGCGUCAGUUUGCUGCAAUGGACCAAGAGUACCUCGCUAGCGACAACGGGGUGGUGAAGCGCUUCUGGAAUCGCAUGCGCCGGACGUGA